GGGAAUAAAACAUAUGCAAAUUAUUGUUUAUGUAUAUAUAUAAAUAAAUAUUCAUAUAAAAAUACUUCUAUAAAUUUAUAUAAAUACUUUUUUGCAACAUUUAUUCUUGACAAUUAUUUAUUUCUAUUUUGUAGAUAUCAUAAAUAACAAUUAUUUUAAAAUUUAGUAAAUUCUUUGAAUAAUCAUAUUAUAAUAUUUACAAAAAUUUUAUUUCCGCUUAUUAAAUAAAUUUGCUGUAUCUGUAUAUAUCCCAAUACAAAGGCAGAACGAUAUAAUUUUUACUAAAUCGAAAAAAAUAAAGCUAACCCUAACUUAAAAUUAAAAAAGAAAAAUAAUAAAUAAUAAAUUAUCAAUCAUAUAUUAUCAAAAAUGAAAGCUUUAUACGCAUUCUUAUUUAUUUUCUCCACCUUAUUCGCCUCUUAUUCGGAAGCAUUUGAUUUUGUCCGUUUUUUUUUGGAUGAUUUCAUAUAUUACGAUUUUAACCUACGUGAUGAAUAUAAAAAGAUGUUAGAAAGUAAUUCUGAAAAAAAAAAAAACCCGACAAAACGUGUAAAAAGCAAGUCAUUCCACAAAGAUGUAGAAAAAUUAAAUAAUGACUUCCAAAAAUUAGAAUCAUAUGAUCCACGCUCAGAUUAUGCAAAAUAUGUAAAACCUUUAUUAAAUGCAUUGGAAAAUCCUCCUAAACCCGGAAAACAAUCUUCCAAAAAAACGUCCAAAGCGAAGAAAGCAGCUGCACCAAAAAAACCAGCUACACCUAAGAAACAAGCCACACCGAAAAAACAAGCCGCACCGAAAAAAAAGGCUGCACAGAAAAAACAAGCAGCACCGAAAAAGACCGCUGCACCAUCAGCACCUGCAAAAGUAUAAAA